AUGGAAAAGACUGAGAGCUGCUAUCUUGCAGAGAAAGAGCUGGCAGAGGAGACUGGCAGAAGGCCAUCUGUUGCUAAAGAGACUCAGCACAACCACGAAGAAGCACCACACCAUCAUCAGAGAACCUUUUCCUCGGUGAGUGAGAUUCUUUCAUUUCAAAGCGAUUUCAGUGUUGCAAAAAGCUUUAUCGGCUCUAAUAAGACGUAUCUAGCUGGCUCUAGCUUGUACAUGUCAAUGAUUAGCUCUAUGCUCGGCGCAGGUGUCUUGUAUCUGUACAUAUGCUUUGAGAGUGGUGGAGUUGUUUCUUUUUUCCUGGCUAUGCUCUUUUCAUAUACCAGUUUGAUUUCUGUAACAGAGUGUGUCUAUCGGAGACAGAAAAUCGACGUGCACAAUGCGCCUGAAGACGAGGAAAAAAGUGUAAACUCCAUGACCUACACCCGCUUGGCAAAGAUAGACAAGCGCGUGUUCCGCUGGAUUCUGUCGUGUGCGCUGACCAUACAGUCAGCUAUUUCGGUCAUAAUAUACGUUUCUCUUAUUUCUGUCUGGGCGUAUAGCAAUGUUGAUUUUUUCCAAAAUAGAAUUUAUGCUUUUUCAGAUGCAACAAAGUACAUUGUGAAAGCUGCAAUGACUCUUGCUGGGCUGAUUAUGCUGUGGAUGUUCUCUGUGCAGAAAGAGCCAGGGGAUAGUCCGCACAUGCAAAUUAUUUCUGUUGUUUCCAUCGUAUCUCUUUCGAUUUUUUUGGCAAUAAUUAUAGCCAUCGUAUACAGCAUGUUUUCUUUCAGUUUUGACUAUCCAAACUAUAAUUUAGUUAGUGGAGUCCUAGUGGGUAAGGAUCCGGGCGUAUUUAACUUUUUGCGCGCAGUCUCUGUUGCUUUUUUUGCACUGAACACCCACCACAACAUUCCCAUCUAUCUCUCAAAAACAGAGCUGAUGGAUAAGAGGAAUAUGAUAAAGCCUAUGCUCAUGGGAUCACUGCUGGUUUGUUGUAUAUACGCAACAAUUGGAUUUGAAGGAUUCUUGCUCUCAUACUCGAACAGCUUUAAAAACACAGACAAAGACAUUCUUACGUCAAUGUCGAUUAUUCUCGACUCGCACAAAGCAGCAAAGAGCGAGAGCCUUCAUCUGCUAGCAGAGAUUCUUGUGUUCGUUUUCAAAAUAGCAAUUAGCAGUAUUCUUAUGAACACUUUUAUGUGGCAGUCCUAUACGUACAGGAAUCUGAUAACUGAUGUCUACCGUAGCACAAAAAAGGAGGCAUCCAAGAGCAAGACAUUCUACAGAGCCAAGAGAAAGCUCUCUGAAAUGAUGCCAUGCAAAGUGAAAGAGUUCUUCAGAAUUCAGGUGUCUGAGACGUAUACAUCUAUCAAGAAGUGGAUAAAAAGUAAAAUGGGCCGAGAUGAAAAUGUUGUUAUGAUAACUCCGCCUGAGAAGAAAGAUGAAGAAAAAGAGAAAGAGAGCGGAGUAUUGAGAUAUAUCAUAGGAACUUUUGUUUUUCUUUCUACUAUACUAGUUGUCCUGAUGGAGGUCAAUGUGGAGAAAAUUAUUAAUCUGUCAGGAGCUCUCAUUGCCUCUUACAUCACCCUGUUCAUUCCUUCGUGCAUGGUAUACGAGAAUAUGCACAUCAGCAAAAGCCAUGGAAAAAGAUGGUUUGACUACUGCUCGAUUUCUAUCAUGAUGUGUGGGUUUUUAUCUCUUUCUAUAAAUGGCAUAGUUUCAGCCUUCUAUUCAAUUACAAGUGCUAAUGAAAUGGCCGCAGCCAUGAAUGCAACUGGCUCUACCUAA